AUGCUGGACCAGAACGCGCUGGAGGUGGCAGCGUGGAUUGAGAAGAGGAAUGCCGUGGAAGGCGGCCACACAGGACACAGUCAUGGCAAGCCGAUGUUUUGGCUUACUGCCGUGAUCUCUUCGCUGAUCAACUUCCUCUUGAAUCCGGUGGUUUUCUUCGCGACCUUUGUGCGGAAGAUUGGCGAACGUGCAGCUCUGCGCGUCGACUCUGGGAAACGGACAACGUUCAAGAAUUCGUCAGGCACUUGGCUGGUGACGAUUACAGCGAGUAUCAUGCACAGCUGCCGGCCCUCGAAGCCCAGGGACGGCCUCAACAAAGAGCAGAGAAGCUUCAACCCGGCGCAGCCCAUCCUUCCGCUGCGGCGGGGACAUCGUGGCGGCGACGUUGGAAGAUGUGCCCGAAGAUGCUAUUAUUAG